AUGUUCGCAAGCCUGCCUGAAGUUGGGAUGCGUCGGCCUUCCAGCUCUUUCACUGUAGACCCAGAAUCUUCAGCAGCUAGAACACUACAAUCCCUAUGCCCUCCUCGUGCAGCUGCAGUGCCUGUCGCAACACCUGCGACACCACCUGCCACUGCAAUAGCAGAACGACGGCCAUGGAAGCCUCGCUGUCUAGGGGGCAGCUGUUUCCCCAUUAUUAGGUGGUUUAGGCGCUGCAGGAGCCAAAAGCCGAACAAACGUCAGCAACAGCAGCAACAGCUGGUAGAGCUGCCCUCCCAACAACACACUUUUCCAAAUGGACCGCUGCCCCCCAAAUCCAUUCGGCCUCAGUUCCAGAAACACGAACAGUUGCAGCAGCAGUUAGACCUAAAGCAUGAAAGGCUGCAGCUCCUACUGCAACAGCAAGACCAAGACUCACGGAAGCAAAAAUACGCAAGGCAGCGGCUACUCCAACAACAGCACGAGCGUCAAGAAAGGCAGUUGAUGCUGCUGCUGGGAUCAGUCAACAACAAUGGUCUCGCUAUACCUUACACUGGGGGCGGCAGCAGCAGCAGCAGCAGCAGCUGCUGCUGCACAGGGGUUAGUGGCAGGAACUCAGGUGCUUCUGCAGGUCUAAAUGCUCCUAUACUCGGGACACCUGGCUACAGCAGCGGCCACAGCAACAGCAGGAGCCGCAGAAGCAGCACCAGCAACAGCGACUGUAGCAGCAGCCACAGCAGCGACCGCUCGCAGCCGCUGAUGUUCUCGACUUCAGGCUGCAGCACUUCAGGCCUCUAUUCUGUGCACUCCGCCAAGUCGCUGGAGCCUUCAAUGCUCUGCAGCAGCAACUGCAGCAGCAGGCAAGGUUCGCACCGCCCAACAACCAAGUCUCCAAGAGGAUGGGGUAGCGAUGCAGCAUCUCCACUCCCGGGAAGGGGAGCUUCUGCAGUCAGCCCCUGUGGCGUUGCCGAUGCAGUUGCAGCAACAGAUUAUUCCUUAGCUGCGCCGUUACCUGCAGCAACAGUGGCAGCUGCUGCUACAUGUGCUGUCACUGGGGGUGCUGUUGGUGCAGGCCAGCAUGCGAUCGGAGGUGAUAUCAGUCGUGCUGCAAAAAUAGCCAUGCAGCUGCCAUUUUUGGAGUUGGUGACGGGGGUAUCUGCUAGAGAACAGUCAAAAGCAACGGCGACUAUUUCAGUUAAUUCUGCAGCAGAAAGAAAACCAGGGAUUCCUUCACGACCCGUCAGGCGUGCAGGGGCUGCUGCUGAUGCAACAGACGAAUGGGAGGGCCCCGACCUAGUUAAUAUCCAAGCAUGCAGAAAGGACUGGCACAAACAGUUAACACUACAUCAACAUCACCUGAAGAAGCAAUCACAGGGGCGCCAGCAGCCAGCACGCCAGGACCAGCAGCAGCCAGCAUUGCAAGAGCAACUGCAAAGGGAGCAACAGCCAAGCGCAGCAGGCCAUUUUUGGUCUUCCGUAGCUUCACGAACACCGCGAUCCACUGUGGUGCCACAACAUCCAGCAACAGUUGCAAGCGCAGCAGUCCCGAAGGCGGCAGCAAUGGCAACGAGCGCCGCUGUGCCCAAGGUUGUCCCUUCUCGUCUUGCUAGCAGGCUCGCGGAGCCCUCUGUAGUGUCGAGGCCUGCGAGCUCAAUAACCGAGGUGCAAAACACCCAGAAGCAGCAGCUGCACCGCAGACAACUGGAGGAUGCAGGGCUACGAAGUUUGCCUCAGCUGGGUGGAGGCUUUGGGGCAACGCAUGACAAAUGCGUUUCCUCGCUUCCUACACCUGCUGCGGUUGAAGAUGGGAAUGACACCGAGAAACGCAGCAGGCACCCACCCAACACUCCACCCGCAAUAUGUGGUAGUGGAUCAAAAGCAAAAGCUGCCGCAGCUGUCUCUGGCGUAUGCACCACUUCUGUAGACGAAUAUGCUGCCCAGGCCAGUGGUGCCGUUGCUGUGCGGGAAGCUGCUGCCACAGACGUCAACGGCCAGACUUCUGAGGAGACGCGUCAGCGGCAACUGGACCGUCAACAGCAACAGCAGAAUGAAAGUUUAGGUAUGGCGCAUGCUGAACUGCAGUCAAAGGCGCAUUCACCGUCGCAGCACCAACCCCAGCCAGUACAGUUGCAGCGGCUACACCAUUCCCCAACGCGUGCAGGAAAAGACAAGCACCAGAUGCCUCAGUUGCCACCGGGCUGUUCCGAAGGCCCUCACACAGGAGCCGCCGGUGGCUCUCCGUCCGUUGCUGCUGCUGUUGCUGCUGUAGAGCUGGCUGCAGCAAUGGUAGGUGCUGCCGCAUCAACUGCGGCAGACACCGUUGGUCCUUCAGCCGAAGCCCUUGUGUCCUCCGUCUCUCAGAGGCUUAGUUUCCUGCUGACCACAGGAACAAAUUGCUCUUUGCGGGCGCCCCGAAGGCAGCAGCAGCAAAAGCGGCACCAUGAUGCAGGCCUGUAUGAUGAUCAACCGCGAGUGCAGCAGCGGAAUACUGCGUUGCUUUCUGAACCCAGUAUAUCUCCCAUGCAGCAUCAGCAGCAACGGCAGGCUCACGAACAGAGGAUGCGCCAGCAGGUACUGCAGGAACAACUGCUAGGGCAACGGCCCGUUCAGCAGUCGCUGCUGCAGCGGUCCGUGCCUCCCUUUCCAGUCACAGAAAUGCAGGCGAGCUGCAUGGUGCAGCAACUUCCUGCAUGUGAAUUGGAUCAGCAUCAGCAACAACAACAGCGCCAGCGGUUGCUGCAGCGAUUGCAAAGGCCCGUACCCCAUAUCUCACAGACUGGCGUAUACGCGACAACUCGAUCAGAGUCUCCUAGGAGGCUCCAGCGGCGCCUUUCAGCGCCUAGCCAGCAGCAUCAGGUGCAACAGCAACAACUGGUAUUACACGAGCAGCAGCAGCGGCAAGUGCCGAAGGAGAGGCAACGAACAUUCUUUGGAGUCCAUCUCUCAGCAGAAGCGGAAGCGGCUGCUGCAAACGCAGCAGGGGCCGCAGCUGCAGCAGCUGCAGCCCGUCCGUUUUGUGGCGGCAAUAUUCCGCCUCCCUUUGAUGCAUUUGAUGCUGCUCAUCAGCGCCAACAGGUGCAGCAGCAACAAGCCACUUUAGUGGCUGAGCAGUCGGAGGCCUAUCAGCUGCAGAAGGUGCAGCCCCUUCGGCGCCCCUGCCCCUGCGCAGAUCCGGCUGCUUCUACAGCAGCCGAUCCUGCAGUCCCCAAACAAGACUGGUGUUGUUCGCCACGCGCGAGUCGUGAGGUGUCCUUCUGGGACCCAGCGCCCUGCGACGGUCCUUCGAGGACCCCGAGCUCUACAUGUGCAUUCACACCUCGGCAGCAAGAGGAGGCUGCUCCUGGCCGUCGGUCUCCCGCAGGGCAGCAGGCAGCUGAGGCUUCUCGCCGGGCCCUGCUUCUCCGAAAAAGUUCCCAAGCGUCUUUGCUCCAGAUUUGCAGUGCAGCGAGUCAUGACCAGCAGGUGCAGCAGCCGCAUCCAGUUCAGCUGCAAGCACGCUGGGGAACUGAGGGUGCCCAUGCACUACCGAUAGCAGCUGCAGCCGCAGCAGCAUCAGGCCAAAACAAGUUGGAAGGCAGCGAAACGAGUCCCACAGAUCUUUGCAGUAAUAGCACGAAUGUAACUUCGGAUGUUUCCUCAGCUAGAAGCAUGCAAAGUGCUUUGACACCACAACUCUUGCAUCCCCUUCGCCGUACUCCUUUUCCCCUGCAACGGCUUGGGGCAGAGACAGAGCCUGAACGAGGAAUAGGGGCAGCAGUAAUAGAGAGGCCGCCCACUCCUGUUCGUGCGGAGAGGUUAAGAAGGCGGUUGGAGAGGCUUCGGGACAUAGGUCAGCUCAGCCGAGACACCUACCCAGCAGCAGAAGUGGCCUCAUUGAUCAGCGGUGCACGGGUGGAGAAAGAAGGUCCGUUUCCGGUGUACGUGCUCGACAAAGACUGGACCCUUGGCUGCAGCGCCCUCGACCCCGACUGGCCGCAGAAAAUGCUGCAAAACACCAAGGAAGGGAUAAAACUGCAUUCUGAAAUCAAUAGGCUUCUCGCCCUAGCGAAGGAGGUUGACCUUGCACACACGAAAGAGAGAGCUCAGUAG